AUGAGAAACUUACUUAACAAGACUGUAGAAAGGUUAAUGAAGGAUUGGACAUCACCUAUAUAUGCAUUCUUUGAACCUACCCCAGGCAUUGAAUAUCAUAAUGGCUGUCAUUGCCAUGUGUUCAAGUGUACAGUGCCAGGCUGCAAACAUUGUGUUUGGCAAUAUCUGGAUAAGAAAGAUGUGAAAUCAACAGGCAACAUGUGCAAGCAUGUAAAAUCAUGCUGGGGUCAAGCAGCCUUGCAGGUAGCAAUGGAGUAUGGAGUUGUCAAGAGCCUGCUUGACACCAGAUCAAUCCAAAUGUCUUUCAAUCAUAAAGGGAAAGGAAAGGUUGUGUACUCACAUCAUCAGCACACUUGGACAGAGACAAGGUUUGCAUUAAUGAAAACUGGAUGGCCCAAAUACCACAUACUUUCACCCUUGACAGUUGCUCAUGAUGUGAAACAAGUCUUUGUGAAGACUUGCAAACAGAUAGUGCAGAUGCUACAACAGAAUUAUGAUGGAGAGCUCAAUUUUGUGAUGGAUGCCUGGACCUCACCAAAUCACAGGGCUUAUGUGGCUGUAUCUGUUCAUUUGGAACACAAGGGUCAGCCAUUUUCCAUGAUACUGGAUAUUGUCAAGUUGCCAAAGGUAGUGGUACUCACCUGA